GUCCUUUUCUGAAUAAUGUCAGUCCCGAGGUUAAAAGAGGAGGGCCCCCCGUCCUCUCUCAGAGCGGGGAAGAGCGCUUCCUUCGGCGAAAGAUGUUUCUUCCCCCCCCUGCUGCAGCGGCUGCGGCGGCCACAGGCCGAACAUGUCGCCUGCUGUGAUUCGCGUGAUGUCGAGAGACGUGGCUCUGGUGAUCGUGGGCCGCUCGAGCAUUGGUUAUUCUUGGCCCCAGGAGUUUUUAGAUCGAAUCCUUGGACUCACAUCAUCGCUCCCCCUCACGGCAGGGGCGCCUCGGAGCUGUCUGGAACGAGGCCAUCGUGUUCCAGCUGGCGGGUCAGGUGGUUCACGGAGCGCAUGUGGGAGGAGGACUACGUGCCCCAUCAGGUUCUGGGCCAGGUCCCACAGUGGGAACGCGAGUACGUGGCGUCGCACCUCUUGCAGGCUGUGCCCCGGCGUCGCAGACCCAUGGAGCUGGUUGCUGCCCCCCCAAGGAUGGGGAAAGGGCGCGGGGCGAUCUCCUCCAUUCCCGUCGGGAACGGCGAAGUCACCCCCUAUGGCGCGCACGAGAGCGAGCCGCUCGAGGACUGCACGAUCCUCGUGCUUCGGCUGCGGGGCAUGUAUGGCGAGGGGUGCACGAACGCGACGGCCCUCGACGCGCAGUACGCGGCGCGGGGGCUGCGGCGCGCCUACGUGCUGAUCGGCGAGGAAGAGCGGGGGUGCACGAGGUGCCAGAGCUUCGUGGAGUCUGCGCCGCUGGUGAUCCGCAACUACUGGCACGAGGACUGCGACGUGUACGAGGAGCGGGGGAAGGUGCUGACAGUCCCCCUCGGUAUACGCAGACCCAGCAACGCCGCGCGUGACCAGCGCGACUUGCCGCCCUCGCGACGCCCCUACAUAUGGGCCUUCUCCAGCAAGGAACAGAACCCCGACCGCAAAGAGAUGGUCACGCGCUUCAUGGAGCAUACUUUUGUUGGACAGAACAGCUCAAACGUAAAGGUAUGGUAUCCUGGCGAGCUCAAGCCCCAGCUGUAUGGCGAAUGGCUUUGCAAUGCCAAAUUUGCUCUCGUUCCAAGAGGGCACGUUGAGGAUACUUGGAGACUGGCGGAGUCCAUAGACUGCGGCGCGAUUCCCAUCGUCACCGAUGGAGGCGCCUACUUCACACAUUUCAUGCCCCACAGUCUCACGGAAAGGUUCGUUACGAGCGGGAACGCAUCGAAUAUGACCUCGCGGCAUUGGGACGCGCUUUUCGCAGAGAUCGACGCCCUUUUGAGCAAUCCGACUGCCUUGGACGAGCAUCAGUACGCCCUCACGCGUGCCUUCGAGGCUCACACGUUGGCUUGGCAGAGCAAGGUGGUUGACCGAUUGCACUCCGUCGGCAAGUGA